CCCGCUUUCUUCCUCCUCCUCCUCCUACACUGAGGCCGCCGUCGAAAUGCUCCGCUGGCGUCUUUUCCUCUUCCUUCUCCCCGUCUCCGUCCUCUCAUCAAACACCACGUGUCCCUAUGACAUCCCCUAUGCCGCCCAGAUGCUUCCAUCGAUCUGCUACGCCAACUCCACCUCCUUUCCAUCCGCCACCAGUUGCUGCUGGUACGUCUUCGCUUCCUACAUCUACGCCGCUAUCCGCUACUCCAACCUCACCGGAGCCGCCUUCCUCCCCCCUUCAACCGCCUCCGCCUGCUCCUCCAGCUUCUCCUCAUACCUCCUCCACCAAGGCCUUGCCCGCCCCUCCCUCCUCUCCAGCUCCUCCUGCAAUCUCGACGGCGACCCCGUCCGCCUCGCCGCUGGAAACCGCCCCUGUCAGUUCCCCUACGUCUCUCUCAUCCGGUCCUCCACCGAUCUCUCCCCUGCCGACAAACUCUGCUCCUCCUCUCCCCUCAAUCCCGACUCUCACCCAUCCCUCUGUUCCCAAUGUCAGACCGCCGUCAUCAACUCUACCUUCUCUCUUCUCAACGUUACCAACAGCAAGGAGAUCGUCCCCUGCGGUAUGGCCGCCACAAUCGCUAUCUGGUCACCGCAUAACCCCUCUCUCCCCCGUUUCCGCUCCUUCGCCCUCUGCAUGCUACAGAUCCUCCAAAACAUCGGCAACCUGGGCACCGGUGACAUCGUACCCUCCCCUCCUCCUCCUCCUCCUUCUCCUCCUCCUCCUCCGAUAACCUCCUCCGCCGUCUCCGGCUCCCGAACCACCAAAAUCAUCGCCGGAUGCGCCACCGCUGCUGCCACCUCCUUGAUCGGCGUCGUCGCGUUCCUCGUUUUCCUUUUCCGGAAACGCCGGAGAAAGAUCAACACUUCUGAUGGCGAAUUCGCCACUUCCACUGAAAUCAUCUCUCCUGUUCUUCCCAGAGAGGGGCUUUACAUCUUCACCAAGGCGGAGCUGAAGCAAGCAACGAAUGGGUACGAUGACCGGCUCCUCCUUGGCGCGGGUGGCGCUGGGGAGGUUUACUUAGGAAAGCUUCCCUCCGGCCAAGAGGUGGCAAUCAAACGCAUCAAACGCGAGAAGAAGCUCGGCGAAUUCUACCGCGAGGUAGAAGUGCUCGCCAAGCUCCGGCAUCGAUACCUCACGACUCUUGUCGGAUACUACCUCGGAGAGCCAUACGAGCACGCGCUGGUUUACGAGUAUAUGGCUGGCGGCAACCUCGCAGGUGCACUUUCAGACGGAAUUGGACUAACUUGGCGGCGCCGCCUCCGCAUCGCGGCGGAGGUGGCCGAGGGACUCGUCUAUCUCCACAACUUCCCGGAGGGCGCGGUGGUCCACCGCGACGUGAAGCCGACCAACGUUUUGUUAACAGAAGGCGGCGCGGUCGCAAAGCUGUCCGAUUUCGGGGUUUCGCGGAUUUUGCCGCAGGAGGGGAGCCACGUGUCGACUGAAGUGAAGGGGACGAUGGGGUAUAUGGAUCCGGAGAGCUUCUCCGUAGGCCACGUCUCGGAGACCGCCGACGUGUACAGCUUCGGCGUUGUGCUCCUCGAGCUCGUCACCGGGAUGAAGGCUGUAGUCCUCACGCCGUCCGGCGGCGCCGAGUCGAUCGUUCACGCCGCUCGGAAUGCGGUUACCGACAGCGAUUUGGAGUCGAUCGUCGACCAACGGCUUGGCUCGUCGUGGGAUCGGCCAACGGUAACGGCGGUGUUCGAGCUGGCGCGGCGCUGCGUCAAGCAGUACAAGCAGGAUCGGCCGGCUAUGGCGGAAGUGCUCGUUGAACUAAGAGGGUUGAUAACUGAUCUCGACGUGAGGAGCCUCGGCGGAAGCUUCGAGGCGUCGCCGUCGGCUCCAUCGACGACGGCAACUUCGGGGGAGCCAACGUGGAUGUCGGAGGAGAGUCAGUCAGAAAUGGUGUAAGCCACCUUAUGAUCUGUUUUGAUGGACGAAAUUAAAAAAUUUAACGGCACAAAAUGUAUCAUAUUAUUCGAAAUUGUAAGGCAUUAAAAGAUUAUUCUUUUUUUCU